AUGUACUCGUACCCUACACCUUUACCCGAAUUCACUGCCCAAUCUCAAUCUCAGGAUGGUACACAUAAUAGACCAGUGGCCAAUUAUCCCUGGGCAGUGCAAGGAGGUCUCAGCGCUAUCAACACCAAUGUCCGUCCACAAUAUGGGUUCUCGGAGUCGCCUUUACCUAUGAGUUCCUCAACCAAUGGUUACCCAAGCUACGACAUGGCUCUUCUCAGCCAACCCACUUUCAGUCCUCAUCCAAGCUUCUCAUCAGCUGGUGAAUGGCCAUACCCCAGGCCUCAGCAGGGCUCAUCGUCACAAGCCCUCGUCCCAGCGACUAAGACCGAAGCCUUUAAAGUCCUGAUCAGACGAUUUGGGUGGCUGUGGUUGCUGCUCAAGGUCAGAUCAAAACUUCGAGGCUCGGGUCGAAGACAUCAACGUCGACACAGUGCUUCAGAUUACACAUCACGGACAACUGGCCACCACAAUGGCCACUAUAUGACAUCGUCACUGAGUGUGUCCCCUGCAGAUGAUGCAACGCUGGGCAACCUUGUCACUGGAGACGACGCUGAUCUCUUCAACCCCAUUGAUCCCACAAAUCAUUUGUGGUUUGACGCUCUGGGAAUACUCAAUGGAAACUCACUGUUGCCGGCGCCAGCAGAUGUGCCGCGACAAGCCACAGUUCUCUUUGAAGAGGAUGUACCGGCUCCGAUUCCGGGACAAAGACCCAUUAAGUGUCUAGAAGAGACAGUUCCACCAAUCAACUUGAUGAAUCAGCCUCAACAAGAGAUUAUCGUGCCUGGCCAGUCAAAAAAGCGAGCUUUUGACUGUGUUGAGCUCGAUGAUUCAUCAACAGACGAAGCUGACGGGACGUCUGUGGACAAGAAACGAUCCAAGACGACUUCUACGGCACCACGAUUUGCCUGCCCCUUUUAUAAGAAUGACCCAGAACGCUAUGCAAACUCAAGAAGUUGCUGCGGGCCUGGGUGGGAGACAGUUCAUCGAGUCAAGGAACACAUCUUCCGCAGUCAUACACUCCCAGAAUAUGAGUGUCAGCGCUGCUUUCAGUGUUUCAAGACAGAGUUGAAGCUCUCUAGGCAUCUAAGAGCCUCUGCACCUUGCGAAGUCCAGAGUCGCAACACCCAGGAGCAUGAAGGCAUCAACGCAAGCCAGUCCAAGGCACUGCACGCAAGAGCCAGAAAAUGCGACCCCGCAGCAGAUAUCAAAGAGGUCGAGGAACAGAGAUGGAAUGAUGUGUACAAGAUCAUCUUUCCUGGAGGGGGCCUGGUGCCUACACCGUAUUAUGAUCGCUUACAGAAGAGCAACAAUGAUGACUUUGAAACGAACCUCAUGUCUGAUUUUGAGCAGCGCCUUCGAGGCAAUGUCGGUGAGAUGAAGAACUUGCAACCUACGCUGGCACCUCUGGUGGUCCAGCUAGCUUGCAAUACACUCAUGGAGAGUAUGCAGUCCUGUCGGCAGAAGCCAAAAGUCGGUAGCAGUCAAGACUCGAGCUCUAUUGUAUCUCCUACACAAGAAUUCCAGUCAUUUCUUGAUGGAGGGCUUCAAAUGACGGGCAUUAACGAGAACUUUUUGCGACGCCUAGACAGCCAGUUCUUUGUGCAGGCGUUACGGGACUCUGGUUUAGAUCUGUGA